AUGGGUAAUCCGCAGACGUUGGGGAGGAUUGUUGCUUCAAUUGAUACUGUAAGUAAUUUUUCGUAUCUGAACAACAACUCGGAGGCAAUUGACAAUAUCUACGUGUUCACGCCGGCUGGAGACACCGCUAAACUUGUGCUUUGUUCAGUUUUGUUGGCUGUUGGAGCAUUGGGAUUUUUCGGCAAUUGUUUUUUGUUCUAUUUUCUGUGUCUAAAGGUUAAUAAAGCCGCAUUUCGAGCCAGCCGUUUCCUGAACAAUAUAAGAUUGUAUCUGAGGAGUUUAGCUCUGUCCGACAUUCUUACUUCUGGCGUGGCUCUACCUCUAUUAUGCACUCAAGUUUUAUUUGAUGUCUUCCAAAGUGGGUGGCCAUGCAAGAUUGCUCGAUAUUUCCAGUUAGUAUUCCCUACCAUUACGCUGAAUAACCUCAUGGUGAUAAGUCUAGAAAAGUACUUAUCAACCCGGCGAAUUCCACGCACGUUCAGCAUUGAAACAGUCCGUAAAAUGAUCAUUGGUGCGUGGGUAUUUGGAGUCCUCAUUAUGUUAGUUUCUGUUGCCCCGUAUAAUGGAAUGAGACUCAGUCUCAAUGAAACCCAUUUUACCAUUGUGUGCAGAAAUGACGAAAAUUUCUACCCAUUUCGAGCAACGAUGCUCUUAUUUCCAUUACAGUACAUCCUGCCAAGUAUAUUUGUGAAUUUCAUCAACAUAAGUUUGAUCAAAACAGUGUGGAGAAGAAGUAAAACUAGAGUUGGAAACGGUACAAUUAACGCUUGCAAGACUCGGUUGACAGUCACAAGAAUAAAAGGAACAUCGCUUCUCAUUGCUUUAACCUUUUCCUUCACCAUUCCGUGUCUUUUCUUUAUAGCUAAUAUUGCAUACGCUCAGAUAGCCAAACCACAACGAGCUUUUGCUGUAGAUUAUAUAAUACGCUAUGCUGCUGGCGGUUUCGCAUUUGGUAGCAGCGUGAUAAACUUUACGAUUUGCCUAGCUCAAAUGAAGGACUUCCGGGAGUUUCUGAAGAGUUUUUUAGUCUUAAAAGGAAGGAAAAGAGGCAGACCUCGUAUUGUACCUGUGAUCUAUAGGACAACAGUACAACAGGGCCUUUCAUUGCAAAAAGUGAAAUCAAAAGAUAUGACGAACUGGCUUGAAUUAAGCCAUCAAAACUAUCGAGCGAAAAUAUUUUCCUUCUCGAGCUCCUUGUAA